AUGUCCGACAACCAUCCAAGGCCGAACAUGGUUCCCCAUACGAGCGAUGGCCACAACGAUGAAAUACCAUCUUUGAAUCAAAAGGGUGACUUCGUCGCGAUAGGCUCAACAUCCUAUGUUGAGCGUUUGCCAAAUGGCACUAUCAUCAAGACGGCCUGGCCCGGAGGCGACCGCGCCCACCAGCGACGCCGCGAAAUCGCUACAGAGGCCGAGAUAUACGAUCGACUUGAUGACAGUCUCUAUCUCAAAAUCAUCGACUUUUCUGGGUCAUCCGUCGACAGCUCCCACACUAAGAUCAACCCUGGGACUCAAUACGCAGCCCCUUUACCAGACCGCUCCUUAUAG